AUGGGGGUGGGUGACUAUGUUCACUCUAGGGAGGUCGGGCAGCCUCGUGCACCCGCCGACCUAGGCCCGUCGCAGCGCCAUCUCCGGGCGGAACAAGUCAAAGUUGAGAUGCCUAUGGGUCACCUGAGGGAUGCCAGUGGGAAUGGUAGAGCUGCAUCCCCGAGAUUUCAACCUCCCGUGGUGCUUCCACGCCAGUCUCGCUCGCCUCCUGGAAAUGGAGUGCAGCGGGAUAUGUUUGACACCGAUGUCGAGGGACUCGAUGAUUCAACUAUCGCAGGUACCAGUGUUUUCGGCUUUGAUGACGGACAAUUGCAUUCAACAUUCCAUGCAAAUGGUGAUGAGAAUACUUCACCACGGCCAUCUUAUCUCCCUCGGCCUAGUCGACACUCCCGAUCAUCCUGGUACGGAGGUGGUCUAGGUGACAAGGCUAUGAAGAAAGCUGGCUUUAAUUCCUCCGACUACGAAGAAACGGAAAGUCAAUUGACUUCGUCUGUUGGAGAUGACGGAGAUGAUGAAAAGACCGAAAUAGCCGAAAAGGUUGAAGAGCCAAGCAGCUGGCAGGCAUCUCACAAGUACCGUUCCACAGGAGAGCCGCUGAGCAAGCGCCUGGAGAACUUUUGGUCCGCGAGUAAAAAAGCACCCUCGGAGUCCAUGGAUCAAGCACCAGCAGACCCCCAACCACCGGCUCCUAUGAACCCUUCGCCCGAAUCGCAACCGCGCAAGCUGGGCCAUAUGCUUCCCCCGCUGCUGCAAGGAAGAUCAAAAUUCCCCAUAGCAUGUCCGUAA